AUCAUCAUCAUCACUCACUCAUUAAUGAUGGGAAACAAAAAGAAGAGAAAGUCUCGUGUUUCUAGUGAUGGCAAGAAGUAUCAGCCUGGAAAGGGAAAAGAUGAAUCUACCAGUGCUGGAAAGGAAGGAGAAGCAGCUAAUAAGAAGCAAUCUAAAAGUUUCCCAGUUCCUGGAUUGAAUAAUCUAGGCAAUACAUGCUUUUUCAAUGCAGUUUUACAAAACCUGUCUCAGACACACUUGUUGAGACAAAGGAUGAGUCAGCAUUUAUCAGUCACGAGCUACUCUCUUUCAAUUCCUUCAGGGAGUGAUGAUUUGGCACCUUUAGAAGUAACGGUUAAGAGAAAUGACGAAGGAGCAAAAACUGAAGACUUUGCUAUUGAUUUGUACCGAUUCUUGGUGGACAUGAACGGAAUGAGUAAUCGGAUUUUGAAUCCACGAAUCAUCUUCAACCAUGUUUGCAAGAGUGCUCCAAGGUUUAAUAGCUAUCAACAGCAAGAUAGUCAUGAGCUGCUCCGGUAUUUACUGGAUGCUUUGAAGAGUGAAGAGAUUCAAAGAAGGAAAGUUGCCAUUUUGAAAUCGUAUGGCGUAUGCAAGAAACCCGAUAAAGUCAAGACCCUCACUGAUGAUGACAAGAAAGCUAUUAAAUUGUAUGGGAUGCAGGCAUCGAUGAUGGACACCUAUCUUGAAGAUGUUUUUGGUGGGAAAUUAACAAGUUCUAUCACAUGCCACUCUUGUCAAACAUGUACAGAUAUGCAAGAAGAUAUUCUUGAUUUGUCUCUCCCUAUACCUUCAGAUAAGGUGCUUCAUCGAUUUCCAAAAUCCAAAAGAAAGCCUUCUAUCCAUUCCUCUGAUGAUGAUGAAGGUUUGAGUGUUCAGAAGGGAAGAGGCUCGCGGGCUUCUUUGAGCAAGCAUCAGAGGAAGAGGCAAGAGAAAGCCGAAAAGAAGAAAGCAAAAGGAAAAAACAAGCAAAAAGGAAAGUAUAGUCUUGAGGAGUUUAAUGAGUUGAAAAGUGACCCUCCAAAGCUACCUAAACUAGAAGAAGAGACUUCAGGUCCUGGUGUACCUGAGCUGGUACAACAGCUUAAUGACAUUACACUUGAGGAGCCUGUGAAUACAAAUGGUGAUGUCAUUAGAACUAACGCUCUUAUUGAUAGCUCAUCUGCUGUCACUGAUGCUCCAAUCAACAUUCCUGGAUCACCAGCGGCAAAUGUCGCCCUGCAAAGUGAAGCAUCUGGCGUCACUUUUAAUCACAAUACAUCAGUACCUGAUUCUACUAUUGAUAAGGAACACGUUCAAGGGGAACCUCCUACUCCCAGUGUUUCUAUUGAUGUACCAGAGAAAGAGCCCGAGAAAAUUGAAGAUAUUUCUAACAGUGCUCAAACUGUUGAUUCUUCUGCUACAGUGAUUGAUUCUUCUGCUACAGUGAUUGAUUCUUCUGCUACAGUGAUUGAUACUGGUAGUAUUGUGUUGGAAAAUGAGCCAGUGCCUUUGGAUUUAUCCAUUGAGAUUGUCCCAACUGAGCCUAGUGGAGCCACUCCUGUAGUAGCUAAGCAAAAACCGGCCCCUCCAGAGGAAGAUAACUUAUUCUCUCUUCAGUCGUGUUUGAGGGAUUUCACGUCGCCCGAGAUUCUCAAAGGAACCGAAAAGUUUUGUUGCAACGUGUGUACUGAGAAGGCUAGAAGUACGAAGUCUAAAGGAACUGCGAAGAAAUCAAAGGAAGAGUCUUCUCCACUGUCAUUGGCAGUUUCUGAUCAGCAGCAGCCUGAAAAGCUGACAGAAAAAUUAACUGUAGAAAAUAAAGGCACCAACAAUGAUGAAAAGGUUGAGUUCAGUAUUGAUUCUGGUAUGAAUUCGUCAUCUUCGAGCAGCGAGUCUGACAGGGACGAUUCCAGAGAUAUUGAAAGCACUAAAGAAUCUGAUGAUGAAGAGACAGCAAUCAGUGACCGAGAGGAGAAUGAAAGUGAAUGUGAUCUUGUUUUUACUGAAGCCACAAAGCAACUCUUAAUAGACCAUCCGCCUCGUGUCCUCUGUAUACAACUAAAAAGAUUUACACAGCUUGGAAGAAAUCUGUCCAGUUUGCAGAAGAACAAUGCUCAUAUUGAUUUCACCUUCCUAUUGGAUAUAGCCUCCUAUUGCACUGACAAAUGCACAGAUUACUUUGAUUCUGAUGGAAGACUCAUGUAUUCCUUAUAUGGUGUAGUUAUUCAUGGGGGUAGCAUGCGUGGUGGACACUACACUGCGUAUGUAAGAGUGAGGAGUGAAAUACAGCUUGAGAGACUCACAGUCAACAAAGUGACAGAGUCUGAGACUAUUAAUAGUGAUAAUGAACAUAUUGAGACACGAUCAUUUGAUUAUACAUCAAUGGAGAAUAGCCAGUGGUACUACAUCAGUGAUACUCAAGUGAGUAAGGCAUCGGCUGACGAUGUCUCUCAAUCUCAGGCUUAUUUAUUGUUUUAUGAAAGACUCCCUUUUUCAUGUUAAUUAUAAAAUUUAUUAUUUAUUUUUAAUGUUGAUAUUCUUAGUAUUACUAUUAUUAUUGAUUAUGACACACAAGUCUAAAACCAA